UCUGCCAAGCCUCUGCCUCUGUCAUUAACAUAGAAAAUUAGGGAAUUAAUCUUUCAUAUCUGUGGAAAGGUAGCUCCUCCCCAACCCAAUUGUAGCGUUUAAUAUAAGCGGCAUGGGACGACGGAGCAGCCUUGACGCAGAGCUGCUCCCCUUUUGAGCUGAACAGUAUGAAGACUCUUCAGGAAAAAAUUAUAGUCUUUUGUGUUGUUCUUUCUCUGAUCUGUGCGGUUCAGAUCAGUGCAAGGCCUGUAACUGAAGACUGGAGAGGUUUGAUCCAGCGCACCAAACGCUCUCUUCUGUGGAGAUGGAACAGCAUGAAGCCUGUGGGCUCCAGCUGUAAGGACCAUUCAGAGUGUGGCACAAAAUACUGCAGGAAACAUAUCUGUUCCUUCUACUCCACCUGACAAGAAGUCAUGCAAAAACAACCCCAUUAGGGUGACUGUCUACAAAACAAUUUCCUUAUGGAUGAAAGCAUCGCAGAAUUAAUCCUGCAACAUGUGCAUUUAAUUAGUCAUCUUACUCAGGACAACGAUAUCAAACUGAGCUGCUUUUUCAUAAAUGUGAAAUGACUCCAUCUAGUGUGAGAGUGAAUACAUGUCAAAAUGUUUUAAUAAGAAAAUAUAAAUCUUUAAAAAAGUGUGUGUGAGGUGCUCUGAAUUUAUUUGUACUUGUUUUUGGUUAUAUUUAUUUGUACACAUUGCAAGAAGAUGUAAAUAUUCAAAGAUUUUUUUUACAAAGUUGU